AUGGCUGACGCUCCCCGUGGACGUGGAGGAUUCGGCUCUCGCGGUGACCGUGGUGGUGACCGUGGCCGUGGCCGUGGUCGCCGUGGUCGUCGCGGUGGUGCCAAGGAGCAGGAGAAGGAAUGGCAGCCCGUCACCAAGCUCGGCCGUCUCGUCAAGGCUGGCAAGAUCACCAGCAUGGAGCAGAUCUACCUGCACUCCCUGCCCGUGAAGGAGUACCAGAUUGUGGACUUCUUCCUCCCCAAGCUGAAGGAUGAGGUCAUGAAGAUCAAACCCGUCCAGAAGCAGACCCGUGCCGGUCAGCGUACCCGCUUCAAGGCCGUCGUUGUCAUCGGUGACUCCGAGGGUCACAUCGGUCUCGGUAUCAAGACCUCCAAGGAAGUCGCUACCGCUAUCCGUGCCGCCAUCACCAUCGCCAAGCUCAGCGUUCUCCCCGUCCGUAGAGGUUACUGGGGUACCAACCUUGGUGAGCCUCACUCUCUGCCCGUCAAGCAGAGCGCCAAGUGUGGUUCCGUCUCCGUCAGACUUAUCCCCGCUCCCCGUGGUACCGGUCUCGUUGCCUCCCCCGCUGUCAAGCGUCUGCUCCAGCUUGCCGGUGUCCAGGAUGCCUACACCUGCUCUUCCGGUUCCACCAAGACCCUCGAGAACACCCUCAAGGCUACUUUCCUUGCCGUCGUCAACACCUACGGCUUCCUCACCCCCAACCUCUGGAAGGAGACUAAGCUCAUCCGCAGCCCUCUGGAGGAGUUCGGUGAUGUCCUGCGUCAGGGCAAGAAGUACUAG